AUGGAAACGGCUCCCGCGACGACGACGUUCCCCUGCUCCGCGUCCCUCCCCGAGCUGUUCCCAACAGGCGCCUGGCACCUUGCGGAGUUGUCUCCACGGGAGCGUUUCCCUGUCGUUAUCUGCCUUACCGCGGGGCCCGGCGCGCGCGGCCGCCCCACGCGUUGUUUGUGCAACCGCGGCGCCGGUGUUGGACUGUUUACAGAACUGUGCGACCGCAACCGGGGCCGCGGAGCCGGAGCGGAGGCGGCGACGGGGGCCCCGAGCCCUUCUCCGACGGGGGAUACGAGGGCGCAGCCGGCGCUGCCACCCCGCUGGGCACGGUGCCACCUCGCAGGGCUCCGGUGCCACCUCGCAGGGCUCCGGGAGCUGCGGGUGGACAGUCCUAUGCACUUAGAGCUGGGCACAACUGUCGAGAGCCGAUGGGGACUGUACUGCCACGUGAACGUGCCGGACGAGCUGCUGCGGGACCUGCUCCCGGGGCCCGUGACCGUGGUGCUGCAGCGUUCAGACGAGCUCAACAGAGACCUGAAUCCCUUCACCUCACUGGUUGGUGUUCGAGUUCCAAACCACCCCUUCAUUCGGGAGCUGGCGCGGGCUUGUUCGGGGCCCCUGGCUCUGACGAGCGCCAACCUCAGCUCCCAGGCGAGCAGCCUGACCGUCUCGGAAUUCCAAGACCUUUGGCCUCAGUUGUCCUUAGUCAUUGAUGGGGGCCCCAUAGGGGACACUCAGAGCCCAGAAUGUCGCCUGGGGUCAACUGUGGUCGAUUUAUCGGUGUCAGGGAGAUUUGGCAUCAUUCGCCCUGGCUGUGCACUGGCAUCUACAGUGGAAAUCCUGAGGCAGAAGUAUGGCCUGGUACCAGAAUCGUCUUGAGCCUUCGGCCCGAGGAAGCUCCGCGGAGCUGGUAGUGCUGGGCACUG